CUGAGCACUCCGUCCGGUUCUGCGGGCUCAAGGGGAGAAGCGCCGAAGCACCAUGGCUCCGUUCUAAUCGCGUUUAUUAAGAGAAGUGUGAUCAAUUUACCGGCAAUCCGUCACCAUCCGCGCCUUAAACAUGGACCUCCAGUCAAGAGGCUUGUCCUGGGGGCAUCAACUUUGUCAGUAGUAACAUCUGAAAACUGUAUUUUAUUAUCUUUUCCCCCAUACUGUCACUUUUUCUUGCUUUGCACGCUACAUGGGAUUUAAACCUAAAGUGUCAGCCGCUAGCCAACGCUUGUCACUUGAUUAACCUAAAUAUCCCUGUGGAAACCAAGACGCCCUGUGCCAGUAACGAAAAAUAAUUUAAAAAAAACUUUCAAGAAACACGUUGACGAAGUCUUGCCCUCAAGUUUUCCCAUUUGUCUCCGGUGCCGGGGCGAAUUGCUAAAGGACACACUACUCAAGAACUUGUCUAUACCCAAGAGAUUCAGAAUACUAAUUUAGAGUUUGGCAGGCAAGUGUGAGGCCCCCUCAUGCAGAACCACAGGAAAUGAAUAAACCACCUCAGCCUAUAGCAGGAUCCUCCCAAGUUCCCCACCCUUCCCAAUCACCAGGACUGACACAGGGUGCCUAUCCCCCAGGCCAGUCUAAUUCGGUUGUCUAUCCCGGACCAUCUCCACAAAUGAACACUGCACCGCAACCCAGACAGUUUGCGCCAGGGCCUCGUGCUUUACACCAACAGGGUGGAUUCAGGCCACUGCAGCCGUACUACACCAACCGGCCCAACAUGCAAGGCAGCGCCCCUCGGGUCCCACAAAGCAGCACCCCCCGGUCUGUUCCACCCACUCAUGUCUACCAACCUACCUCACAGGUUAUGAUGAUUCCCCAGCAACAGUUGCCAUUCACCAACUCUCAGGGACACACUUUUUUUCUACAUGGACAGUACCGGCCCCCCUACAUGCCCCCGACCCAGCAAUACUCUGUAUCCAGUGGAACUGCAGGCUUCUAUGCUGGAAGCAGUCCAGCCGAAUAUCCUACAUAUGCGGCUGCCUAUUACCCUGCAACACAGCAGUACCCAACAUCAGUCUCCGCCACAUCUGUCAUGAUGCCUCCCGCUCAGCAGCAACCGGCUCCACCUCCACAGCAAGCUCCGCCUCCACAGUCGGCACCCGUCAAACCGAGAGAACGCAAACAGAUCAGAAUAUGUGACCCUAACCAGGGAGGACGUGACAUCACAGAGGAGAUUAUGUCUGGAGGGAGAACGACCUCCACGCCCACACCUCCGCAGAGUAUUGGUCCAGAGGCGGGAGGUCCUGUCCAGACCAAUGGUGAAAGUGUUCCGCUUGUUACGAUCAGAGCCGAUGAUCAAGUGAAGUCCAUAGUUCCUCUUGCAGCUGUGUCCACCCCCCCUCCAUCAAAGACACCGGAGCAAGCCCCAGCUGCCGACUCUAAACCUAUGUCAGAGGUCAGACCUGUUUCACCGUUGAGCAAGAUUCCCAUUCCUCCAGCAGAGGAACCUGCGCUAUCCCCCAAACUCCCUCCUUCUCCCCCUCCUGCCACAAACGAUCCCCAACCUUCAGAGCCUCAGACUGGUGACAGUGUGGAUGCUCCAGUGCUCCCUGAUGCCCCCCCUACUCAACAGGAGGAGCCCGAAGACGCUUCCCCUCUUGAGCCGACUUCUACUGAGGUUGCUAAAGAUGAGCCAGAGGUAGCCAAGGAGAAAGAGUUCGAACCUGUGGCUGAAUUAGAGGUCGUAUCGAACUCUAGCCCGGCUGCUGUCGCCUCCAUUCCCAUGGAGCCUUCUCCUGCUGUAGCUAAAGAAGGUGAUGAUGCUUCUGAGGACCCCACCCCUGUAACCAAGGCGACACCCAUUCCAGAACCGGUCGUUGAUGAGCCAAAGGAACAGCCUUUGCUUAACGGUUUGCCUCAGGAUUCUGAUGAGGCUUCAGAUGUGAAGCCAGAGAGCUCCACUAAUCCAGUUGCUGAACAAGCAGUUCCUCAGGUCCAGCAGAGCUGCCUUACGGCUUUGAAAGCACCUGUGGAGGAAGCAGAGAAGGAGAAAGUAGAGGAGAUGCCUGCCCCUGUAGCAGUCUGCCCUGUUGAGGAAACAACUAUGCAAGCUGCCGCAACAGUAGUGCCAAAGAAGAAAAAGAAGAUCAAGGAUCUGAAUAACAAAGGUUUUGGAGAUGUCCUAGAUGCCUUCAAAGAGCCAGAGGAGGAAAAACCUACUCCUGAGCCAGAGGUUGCUCAGAAAGAACCAUCCCCUGCACCAACCCCUUCCCCACCAGCUGAAGAGUUGGAAGAAACAUGGGAGGAAAAGGAGGACAAGCUUGACACGGAAAAUAUUGAACCUGAGGCAUCUAAACCUGUGGAACAGAAGUAUCAAUAUAAAGAAGAGCAAUGGAAGCCCAUCAACCCAGAAGAAAAGAAACAAUAUGAUCGAGAGUUCCUGCUUGGCUUCCAGUUCAUUAGUGCAAGCAUGCACAAGCCAGAGGGUUUGCCGCACAUCAGUGAUGUUGUCUUGGACAAGGCAAAUAAAACCCCCUUACGGCCAUUGGAUCCCAGGAGUCUGAUGAACUGUGGGCCUGAUUUCACACCUUCGUAUGCUAACUUGGGUAGGCCAUCAUCUGGAGGAGGAGGGCGUGGACCGCACUCUUCUCAGUCUGCACGGCGCCCUCAGCCAGGUCGAGGCAAAGACCAAAUCAAUCGCAACCCCAAGAUCAUCACCAGCGUGUCUCUUAAAGACAAUGUGGAACUCAACCAGGCUGAGAACGCUUGGACGCCUUCGGUGAAGAAGCAAGUCCGAAGCCGUGGAGCAGAGGAGGAGGAAGAUGACUCAGAUACCGCAAAAACAAAAGAGUUGUUCCGCCGCGUGCGCAGCGUCCUUAACAAGCUCACGCCACAGAUGUUCCAGCAACUAAUGAAGCAGGUGACCGAGCUCAGCAUAGACACGGAAGAGAGGCUCAAGGGUGUCAUUGACCUCAUCUUCGAGAAAGCCAUCUCUGAACCCAACUUCUCUGUAGCUUAUGCCAACAUGUGCCGCUGCCUUAUGGGGCUUAAAGUGCCCACUUCGGACAAACCGGGAGUCACUGUGAAUUUCCGUAAACUACUGCUCAAUCGCUGUCAAAAAGAGUUUGAAAAGGACAAGGAUGAUGACGAGAUCUUUGAGCAGAAACAGAAAGAGUUGGAUGCUUCCACUGAGGAAGAGGAGCGUCAGCGACUGAAUGAGGAGCUGGUGGAGGCCAAGGACAAGGCACGUAGACGGUCCCUUGGAAACAUCAAGUUCAUCGGAGAGCUGUUCAAACUGAAAAUGCUGACAGAGCCCAUCAUGCAUGACUGCAUUGUCAAGCUCUUGAAGAACCAUGAUGAGGAGAGCUUAGAGUGCCUUUGCCGGCUGCUGUCCACCAUUGGCAAAGACCUAGACUUUGAGAAGGCCAAGCCUCGUAUGGAUCAGUACUUCCACCAGAUGGAAAAGAUCAUUAAAGAAAAGAAGACCUCUUCUAGAAUCCGCUUCAUGCUACAGGAUGUAUUAGAUCUCCGAAAGAACAACUGGGUGCCCAGGAGAGGAGAUCUCGGUCCCAAGACCAUUGAUCAGAUCCACAAAGAGGCUGAGUUGGAAGAACACAGAGAGCAAAUCAAAGUCCAACAACAGCUGCUUUCCAAGAAAGACUCUAGUCAGGGUCGAGGGGGCCGUGGUGGUGGUGGUGGAGGUGGUGGUGGUGGUGGUGGUGGUGGGCAGCACUCCUCAGGGGGCCGUGGUAGCCAGACCCAGGACGAGGGCUGGAACAUAGUGCCUAUUUCCACUAAGAAUAGACCGAUUGACACCAGCCGCCUUAGUAAAAUUACUAAGCCUGGUGAUUUCAGCAACCAGCUGUUGGCCCCAGGAGGAAAGGGCUCAUGGGGUAGCUGGGGCAAGGGGAGCAGUGGAGGCACUGGAGGCACAGGACCCAAGGCCACUGCAGAUCAAGACCAGGGGAGACCUGCCACUAGCACACUCAACCGCUUCUCUGCAUUGCAGCAGUCUGGACAAGCCUCAUCAUCCUCUUCCUCACUUGACUCUGAUCGUAGAGUGCCUCAAAGAAACAGUUCUAGUAGGGACCGUAGCGACAGAGAUCGCAGUGACCGUGACCGAGAACGCAAUGACCGAGAUCGAUUUGACCGAUUUGAUAGGCGGGAAGACCGGGACCGAGGCCCAGACAGACCUCGUCAGCCCAUCACCAAACGCAGCUUUAGCCGUGAAAAUGAAGAGCGCAGAGGAGGCGACAACCGCGGACCACCAGAUUCUGUACGACGCGUCUCCAGCAUGACGGAGAACCGCGACCGAGGCAGUCGGGAGCGCGAUAGAAGCAAAGAGACAGUGAAGCCAAUUUCAGUUCCUGCUCCACCGCCUCCUGCUCCAGCCAAACCUGCCCUGAGUGAGGAAGAGCUGGACAAGAAGUCCAAAGCCAUCAUUGAGGAGUAUCUCCACAUCAAUGACCUGAAGGAGGCAGUGCAGUGUGUGCAGGAGCUGAACAGCGCCUCUCUGCUCUUCGUGUUUGUACGGAACGGUGUGGAGUCCACACUGGAGCGCAGCACCAUCGCUAGAGAGCAUGUUGGCCUGCUGUUUCAGAAGCUUGUUACUGCUGCAUUACUACUUCCUGAGCAGUACUACAAAGGACUUCAGGACAUUCUGGAGAUUGCAGAUGAUAUGGCGAUUGACAUUCCUCACAUUUGGCUCUACUUGGCUGAGAUCAUCACACCCAUGUUGCAAGAGGGGGGCAUCCCCAUGGGUCAGCUCUUCAGAGAAGUGGCCAAACCUCUUCUGCCUAUUGGCAAAGCAGCAAUCUUGCUUGUUGAAAUACUUAACCUUCUCUGCAAAGAACUGAGUCACAAAAAGGCUGGAGCGAUGUGGUUUGAGGCGGGACUCAGCUGGAAAGAAUUUCUACUUGAAGAUGAGGAUGUCAAUAAGUUUGUUACAGAGAAGAAAAUGGAGUUUACUCUGGGUGAGGAGUCUGAGAAGCCCAGUAAGAAAGAACUGACUGCUGAGGAGCUGAGUAAACAUUUGGACAGAUUGUUACAGGAAAAAGCCAACAACCAGAGGAUCUAUGACUGGGUUGAGGCUAACCUGGAUGAGCAGAAGAUGAGCUCCAAUCAGUUUUUGCGGGCCCUGAUGACAUCUGUGUGUCAGUCUGCCAUCAUCUGUGAGAACCCCUACAAGGUGGAUGGGGAGCAGAUUACCCAAAGGGCCAAGCUGCUGCACAAGUACCUCUCUGAUGAAACGAAGGAGCUGCAGGCACUCUACGCUCUCCAGGCUCUCAUGGUGCAGAUGGAGCAGCCGGCCAAUUUACUGCGCAUGUUUUUCGACGCGCUGUACGACGAGGACGUGAUCAAAGAGGAUGCCUUCUACAAAUGGGAGUCCAGUAAAGACCCGGCGGAGCAGCUGGGAAAGGGUGUGGCCCUGAAGUCAGUCACUGCCUUCUUCACAUGGUUGCGGGAGGCUGAGUCCGAAUCUGACAACAGCUAAUCCUGAACUUUGCUAGCCCAGGUAGCACUGGAGAAGAAACCGCUGCCAGGGACUGAGGAGGAUAUCUGACAACAAAGUUGAACUUGGUCCUCACGAAGCCAAUCUUAUCUGUUCAGGGUGGCUCUUGACAGAUACAAACUACAAUCAUUUCUCAGUCAUUUCUUUUGCUCUCUAUAUCUCUUGUGGCUGACGUCCACCAAAAAUCAUAAAAUUAAAAAAAAAAAAAAUCCGCAGGACUGCUUAAACUUGUUAACAAUUCAUCGUCAUUUAUUUUUUAUGAGAAAUCUUGGGGGAUAAAGUACAAACCAACGCUGCUCUUACAUGUUAAUAUAGAUUUAUAUGCAACGUGGUAUAUGACGGACCAGACAGGAUGUCAUAUAUUGUAUAGAGGGCUUGAUGGCGAUCAUGUCCUUUAGGUUUGUAAUUUCAGAUCAAACACGGAGCUCUUACAGAAGUUUUUCUUUCGUGUGCGAGAGGAGUCAUGUUUUUAAAUCUGCAAAGACAAAAGUAUAUGAGCUUAGUAUUUGAAUUCUCUAAGUGACGGAUGAAAUUUGCGUAGCGUUUGUAUUUCGCCCUUUUUUGCUUCCUGUAUCCUUUAGUAAGGGGUGGACCUGUUGAACUUCAGGAUGAUGGUCUUGGAUGGACUUUGACCUUUUUGACCUUAGUACUGCUGGAUGAGGAGGGGGGGUCCAACAUGCUUCCUAUGAAGCCAUCCUGCUUCCUACCCCACACUUUUGCGUCUUACCUCUCUUGAAGAACUGAUGGGGUCUUUCACGGAAGCCCUACUUAAGCAAGCCUGCAGUGGAAUUUUAAGAGAAAUCAUUAAAACUUGAAGCAUAUAGAAAAAUCAACUUGAUGAAAUGACAGUAAUGAUCCUAAAGCCUUUUCUACUUGCAAAGUGGAAAUACAUUUCAGGAGCGUUCUGCACAUACAUAUGGAAAUGUGUUUUUUGUUUUGUUUUGUUUUUUUCCUUUUUUUAUCUUUUUUUUUUUCUUUUCCAGAAAUUAAAAGUUUAAAAAUCCGAUGUAAUGCCAUUUAUUUUUUUCCAAAAACAAUGGCUGUUUCCCUGUAUUUAAGAUUUGUUUUCUUCCAGAUGGUAAGAGGUGCUUACAAUGAUCCAUUGAUUAGUUUUAUUGAAAAAAAAUGUGUAAAUAUUUUUUUGCGCUCUUUAUUAUUUAAGGAAUUAAAUGCUUUCACAUCAAACUGGAAACGUUGGAGAGAUGAAACAUUGCAAAUAAUAAAAAAUUAUCAAGUUGC